AUGACGAUAUCCAGCGCGGAGGUUAGAAGGGAGGAUGUGAGUGGAUGGAAACUACACGAUUUAGAAUUGGGCGAAACGAUAGGCACAGGUACCUUUGGUCGUGUUCGCCUUUGUAGGCACAAGUUAUCUGGGAGAUACAUGGCGCUAAAAAUACUCAAAAAACAGGAGGUACUGCGUAUGAAGCAGGUGGAGCACAUUUUGGCAGAGUCGAGCAUACUACAAGAGCUCAGUCAUCCUUUUAUUGUAAACAUGCUCAAGGGCUUUAUGGACAAUGACCGUUUGUAUAUUCUUCUUGAGUACGUGGUGGGUGGUGAACUUUUCACGCAUCUCCGAAAGGCGGGAAAAUUUCCCAAUGAUGUGGCAAAGUUUUACUCCGCAGAGGUGAUUUUAGCAUUUGAGUACCUUCACAACUGCAGCAUCGUGUACCGCGACCUCAAGCCGGAGAAUCUGUUGUUGGAUGGACAAGGAAACAUUAAAAUUACCGACUUUGGCUUUGCUAAGCGUGUCAGAGAACGCACCUUUACGCUGUGCGGCACCCCUGAGUAUCUCGCUCCGGAAGUGAUUCAAAGCAGAGGUCAUGAUAAAGCUGUGGAUUGGUGGGCGCUUGGCAUUUUAUUGUAUGAAAUGCUGGUUGGCUAUCCGCCCUUUUUUGACGAGAGCCCCUUUAAAAUUUAUGAAAAAAUCCUGGAGGGCAAGGUGCAGUUUCCGCGUUGGGUGGAGCUGCGGGCGAAGGAUCUUAUCAAAAGCCUAUUGGUGCUUGACCCCACAAAGCGUCUUGGCUCGCUGAAUCGCGGUACCCAAGAUGUCAAAAGACAUAAGUUUUACAGCGGGGUAGAUUGGGAGGUGCUGCUGCAGAAAAAGGUAGUCCCACCCAUUCCUGUGCGUCCGACGAAGGACGGGGAUACGCGCUACUUUGACCGCUAUCCGGAGAGCCCCCACCACCCGUUGCCGCCGCUAACGGCAAAGCAGCAGGAGCUGUUUGCAGGUUUUUGUGACGGAGAGUAUACCAGGGUGUAG